AUGUCGUCGCGGUGGGAGCGUUCAACAUCUUUUCCAAGCACCCCGGAAGGGUACCAGACCCUUGACUCCAACGAUAGCCUCAUCGAACCCGAACUCAUGGCACCCGACCAGGACUUUCUGAAGCGGCCAGCACCAGCCAAUUACGUCGCGGGCCUGGGUCGAGGUGCGACUGGAUUCGUGACCCAGUCAGACCUUGGCCCUGCGCGUCAAGGCCCAACGCCUGAGGAUAUUCAAGCAGCCCUCAAACAGCGAGCUGAAGAACUGGGUAAAGGAAAACCAACAGCUUACAUCAAUAACUCGCGUGAAAAAGGGAAAGAGAAGGAAAUUGACGAAGACGACAAUGAUCCAUACCAAGACCCCGACAACGAGGUUGGCCUGUUCAGCAAAGCUCCUUACGAUGCAGAUGACGCGGAAGCCGACCGCAUAUGGGAUAUGAUCGAGGAAAAGCAAACUAGGCAUACCCGUAAACGCCAGGCCGCUCGUGAGCAACGCGAACGCGAAGAACGUGAACGGAAAAACCCCACCAUUUCUCAGCAGUUCGCCGCUGAAAAACGAGCUCUCGCCUCUGUCACCUUGGAGGAAUGGGAAAAUAUCCCGGAAGUAGGCGACCUUACCGGCAAGAACCGUCGUGCCAGAGAAAACCAACGACAGCGGGCCUAUGCUGUUCCUGAUAGCGUCAUUGGCAGUGCUAGCAGAUCUGCCCAGUAUGGUUCGACAAUUGCCGACGAUGAAGCUGCUGAACCGGAGAGUGAACAAGUGGACUUUGCGGAAAUCGGUGGAGCGCGUGGAAAAGCGCUCAGGCUUCGACUGGAUCAAGCUGCGAAGGACGCCGAAUACAACGGAAGUGCUACUAGCGUUGAUCCUAAGCAGUAUCUUAAGGAGCUUGACAUAAUCGAAAAGAGGGCGCAAGCAAGCGAGAGCAGCGAAGUCAAAGAAAAUCGUUAUCUCUACGAAAACGUGGUCAAAAGCAACCCAACGUACGCCCCUGGAUGGCUUGCCCUCGUCAACCUUGAGGAGAACGCAGGUCGACUUGGCGCUGCUAAGAAGGCUGUCCAGAAGGGUUGCGCGCACUGCCCAAAGAGUGAGGAUUUAUGGCUAGCGAAUAUCCGACUGCAUGAAGGCAAAAAUGCGAAAAUCGUUGCUGCUGAGGCUCUUGACAAGCUUCCAAAGUCGGCCAACCUUUGGAUGAAGAAAAAUGUUGCACGUCGGGCUAUUGAGAAUAACCGUACGUCGAUUCGGAUCUGGAAAGAAGCAGUCAGUUUGGAGGAACACGCCGAGCAAGCGAGCAAGCUUCUCACCAAGGCAGUUCAACUUAUUCCCUUGGCAGUGGAGCUUUGGCUGGCUUUAGCCCGCAUGCAGAAGACUGCCGAAAGUGCUCAGCAGAUUCUAAACCAGGCACGCCAGGCUGUCCCUACAAGUCGCGAAAUUUGGAUAGCUGCUGCCCGUCUUCAUGAGCAAACAGGGGGCUCCUUUGAGAAACUUAACAUUAUGGAGCGUGCGGUCAAGGCUCUUUCUCGAGAGAAUGCGAUGCCAAAGCGGGAAGAAUGGAUUGGAGAAGCUGAACGUUGCGAGGAGGAAGGCGAUGUUCUGACUUGUGCUUCCAUCAUCCGCGAGACCCUCGGAUGGGGCUUAGGCGAAAACGACGAUCGAAAGGUCGUAUGGGAGGACGAUGCAAAGGCCUGUAUUGGCCGUGGUAGUUAUGCAACAGCCCGCGCCAUUUAUCAAUUUGCAGUGCGUGUGUUCCCUGAAGAUCAAUCUCUCUGGAAUGCAGCGGUGGAUCUGGAGCGCGUCCACGGCACGAAGGAGGCUCUCUUGAAGGUCCUGAAGCAAGCGGUUGAGGCCUGCCCCAAAGGCGAACAGUUUUGGCUACAGUAUUCGAAGGAACUGUCCCAGUCGGGUGAGAUCGAUGAGGCCCGGAAGGUGCUCGGCCUUGCUUUCGACAAAAAUCCCGGCAAUGAGAAUAUUUGGCUUGCUGCCGUUAAACUUGAAGCGGAUUCCAACCAAAUCGAACAAGCUAGAGAACUGCUUGCCACUGCUCGCCAAGAGGCUGGGACGGAUCGCGUCUGGGUCAAGAGCGUGACCUUUGAAAGACGAUACGGCAAUAACGAAGAUGCGCUUCGCUUGGUCAACGACGGACUUUCUCGUUACCCGAAGGCUGCUAAACUUUGGAUGAGCAAGGGGCAGAUUUACGAAGCACUCAAAAAAUUGCCCCAGGCUCGUGAAGCAUACUAUGCUGGCUAUCAGGCUUGUCCCCAUUCUGCGCCGCUCUGGAUCCUGGGUGCUCGGGUGAACGAAAAGCUCGGCGUGGUGGUUCGAGCUCGUGGCAUUCUCGAUCAGGCACGCAUCAAGAAUCCGAAGAGCGAGUUGCUGUGGCUGGAGAGUGUACGUCUGGAACGCCGCAACGGUAGCAUCAAGAACGCCCAGUAUAUUAUGGCCCAAGCGCUCCAGCAACUCCCGAAAUCUGGUUUGCUCUGGAGUGAAAAUGUCUGGUACCUGGAGAAUCGUGCCCAGCGCAAGACACGCUGCCUCGAAGCCAUCAGGAAGGUGGAUAACGAUCCAGCCUUGUUUGUCACCGUGGCCCGGAUUUUCUGGUCUGAGCGACGCUUAGAAAAGGCAAUGACCUGGUUCGAAAAGGCCAUUGUCGCAGACCGUGACUAUGGCGAUGGGUGGGCUUGGUAUUACAAAUUUUUGACGCUGCAUGGGACCGAGGUUAGUACACCAGCUUCUUCUCAGAAGAGUGCUCUACUGACAUUUCCGAAGGAAAAACGAGCCGACGUGAUGUCCAAAUGUGUUUCAAGCGAGCCCAAGCAUGGUGAAGUGUGGCAGUCUAUUUCCAAGGACCUGGAUACGCCACGCGACUCAACUGAGGAGAUUUUGAAGGCCGCUGCCAAUGCCGUUGAGUAA